AUGGCCGGUACGUUGCCGGGUUAUUUGUUCGCAAGGUUGGUUUUAAUGGUGGUAGAAAACUCGGUGAUUCUGCACGCUUUACUUACCAGCAUCGAGAAUACGUUGCUUGACAGAAUGUUGCCUUCCGUGCCAGAACUGCCACGCCUUAAUCUCGUCUUCUGGGCUCUUCUCUUCUCGGAACAUCAACAUUACCACGCUCUGCGCGACAAAACAUCAAGAAAACACCGUAAGUACUUUAUUAAGCGUGAUACUGUAAGGGCAGAUGAAUGGUUUCCGCUGACGCGUUUACUUCUGUCUUUUUCAUCUUUUUUUUUUUUUUUUUUUUUCAGCAACGGAUUAAACAACUUUUUCGCCGCUACAUUUUGCUAACUCCAGCAAUGCUUUACUAC